AUGUCCAGGUACCUUCAUCUAGACGCGCCGAAUGAGAACGGUUUCGGAGGGUUCCUGAAGCGUCAAUUCACCAAGCCCAAGCCCCUACCAGCCGGUAUUGACCUGAAAGGCGGUACAGCGAUUAUAACGGGUGGUACGUCUGGUCUCGGUCUCGAGGCUGGCAUGCAGCUACUGGGGCUAGGCUUGAGCACUUUGAUCAUCACAUCUAGAACCCAAAGCAGAGGAGAAGUAGCGGCCGCCAAACUCCGAACCAAGUAUCCUUUCGCCACGGUCGAGGCGUGGACUCUGGACAUGACUUCGUACGAAUCGAUCGAUGUCUUUGCUCGAAAGUGCGAUACGUUGCCUCGGAUCGACUACACUAUUCUGAAUGUCGGCUUUAUCGACCUCAAACGUGAAGAAGCACCUACCGGUCACGAAAUGAUGGUUCAGGUCAACUAUUAUUCGACCAUGUACUUGACCACUCUGCUCGUUUCAAUCCUCAAGAACAAACGGGCUCGCCAGUCAAGGCCUCCCGUCCUAUCAGUGGUCGGGUCAGACAUCCACUACUCUGUCGACGCUGAUCCCGAAGGGUCAGCGGCGGCCUUUGCAGACAAUCCCAAGAAUGCCAUGGGUUUCACCCAAUACGGAAUCUCAAAAUACUACCUCCUUCUCUCCAUCAUCAAGCUGGCGGAGCAAAUCGAUUCUAACGAGCUCAUUUUGAGCGUCUGUAAUCCUGGAACGACUAAGCAGACGGAUUUCGUGGCCAAUACUCCCUUGUCAUUCAGAAUUCCCUUGACGAUUGUCCGCGGUCUGCUCGGGCGCAAAGUGGCAGUUGGCGCCAGCUGCUACCUUGAUGCUGUGUUAGUGCAUGGUCAAGAAGCCCACGGGUCAUUCAUGAGUGACUGGACUAUCAAACCGUUUCCCGAGGUCGCCUACACGAAGGCUGGAAAGGCAUUUCAAACGCGUCUAUGGGACGAGACAAUGUCGGAGCUGCGACUCGCACAGCCCAAGGUCUCGGUCUAG